AGACACAGAGACAAUCGCUGGCUGGCUGGGCCGGACACGACAAACACGUACGUAUGUGGGCAGCCUUGAGCUGCUUUCUUUGCGUACAACGCGCUCCAGUGGUUUCUGCUCUCCGGAGGUGAUCGUACAGUCGUCGUCAGCAAGCCCAGGUGUGUGUCCGAAAAGUGACCACACCAAUUAUUGUCUACCAUCUAGAUACGAUCACCAAAAGUAUUCGGGAAGGAUGUGAUUGUUGUUUCGAUUACUAACAGUAGGGAAUUCCAAAAAGCAUUUUCGUUGGUGAGUGGCAGGUGUAGAAGGUUGUGUCCAUCAAGUGAGAGUUGUGCAGUUUUUGCAGACAAAAUAAGCUCGUGCCAGUUGCACGGGCACGGUACUGAGAGGGGAACGGAACGAAAAGGGUGGCGAGACAGAGUGAUAUAUACGAUACAAGACGGAGUCGCAGUGUUGGUGUAAAAUGACGAUUUCUUUCUUAUCGCGGAUAGCUAAUAUUUUUUGCAAUGUACGAUGGAAUUCCGGAUUCAGACAAAAUCUGCUCGGUCUAGUCUUUGCAAUCUUCAUUGUGAUAGCAGAAUCUCAAAAACCAGAGGAUGGACCGUAUCGGGGUAAGUACAUCGGUAAGUUUAACUCGUACCAUCAUCAGGCGUCCGGUGAGGUUUACGCCGUGGAUGAAUUCACUUUUCUGCUGACGGGAUUCAACUACGAUGGCAAUGGAGUGGAUACAUUUUUCUGGUCCGGUGCCAGCAACCGUCCCGGGCCACAAGGUUUCAUCGUUCCGGAUGAGUAUGGCAAAACCAACAUUUUGGAGCGAUAUUUUAACAAAGACUUUACGAUCCGGCUGCCAGAUAACAAAAAGAUCACCGAAGUCAAGUGGUUGGCCGUGUACGAUCUGAACUCGCAGAACAACUUUGCCGAUGUGUACAUCCCGGAGGACUUCGAACCGCCGGUGUCGCAAAGGGCAGGGAGUCUUUCGCGCAACAGCCACGGUGUGAGCAGCGAAACAAUCGACAUUCUGGACUCGAAAACGAUUCGCAUAACCGAGUUCAGCUACGAUGGCAAGGGCCAACAGGUGCACUUCUGGGUCGGUGUUGGACCGGCACCGUCGUCCAAGGGUCAAAAGGUUCCAGAUGAGAUGGGAUAUUUGGACGCGAUCCGCGCGUAUGAUCGGGAAACAAUAACGCUGGAGCUGCCGGGUGACAUGACGAUCUUUGAUAUCGAUUGGUUCGCCGUGUAUGACGUGGAGACGAAGGAAGAUUUUGGAUCUAUUUUGAUUUCCGAUGAUUUGAACGUUCCACCGUCGCUGGUUAAGGUGACGCCGCAUGCCGAGUCAUUACCAAACUGUCGGCAGUUGCACAAGGAUUAUCGAAUGUCGUGGGAAGUUUUUGGACCACAGAUUACAAUUCAGCUGGCGGGGAAUGUGAAGGAGGAUGAGUACAUGGCAUUUGGGAUUAGUGGGUCGGAAAGUCAAAGCCAAAUGCAGGGAGCGGAUGUAGUCGUGGCUUUCAUCGAAGGCCAUCAAGGAUACGCCGUGGAUUACAACAUAACAUCCCUAGCGCCGUGCGUCCAGGUGCUGGGACAGAACAAAGGUGUCUGUCGGGAUGACGUGGUCGGUGGACAGGAUAGCUAUCAGUUGCAUACUUUUGGACGAGAGAACGGAAUCAAUACGAUCACCUUCCGACGUUUGUUGAUUUCGCCCGAUCACGGCGAUAAGGAAUUCGUGCUCGAUCGUCCUAUGUAUAUCAUUUGGGCGUUGGGAAGACUUGAUUCCAACAAUGAGCCAACUUAUCACGAUAUUUACCCCAAACGCAAUGUUAUGAUUGCGUUCAACACUUCCGAGCCAGUGAAUGAUUGUUUCAGUUUUACUCGGAGCGAAGUUAAUCUGAAGGACGUUUGGGAGAAGGCACGGAUCUUCGACAGUACGAUUCGAUCGUUUUCAGCGACACUUGGACCGGCUGGCGGCAAGCGGGGUUACCAAGGUAUAACUGGACACGUUUCCAACGGUUUGGCCUGGUAUAUUAACGGGCUGAUGGUACCAGAGCUGAGGCUUCGACGAGGUUUAACCUACUCUUUCAAGGUUCGCGGUGGAAAUAAUCCCCAUUCAUCGGAGUUUUACCAUCCGCUAGUCAUAACGGACGAACCUCGGGGUGGAUUCGAUCGCCUCAGCGACGUCAAACAAAGCGAAAUCCGAGUCCUGGCCGGGGUGGAAUUCACCCGUCGAGGCCGUCCAAAACCGACGGCUGCCGGUCCGCUCUGUCUGGCGCGACACCCGGACGGGCAGGAUCGUCGUUUGGACGACAAUUUUGCCACCUUCAAGAAGUUCAACCGAACGCUUCGCUGGACCUGUGAAUCUGGCGAUCCAGCCAUACUGGAGAUUACGCCCAACUCGAGCUGGCCGGACGUGGUGUACUACAACAGUUUCACUCACGCCAACAUGGGCUGGAAGAUUCACAUCGUCGAUAGCUACAGCAGUGCGGCUCGUAGCAACGGGGUCUGCUCGAUUGGGCCUGCACACGACACAAGACUGCUUCUGGGGGCAACGGUGGUGCUGCUGCUGCUUUCGACAAUGUCCUCCGCCGGAAGUCUGGCCACGCGACUGGUGCGAAUGAUUUGAAGGGGAAGUGUGUUUGUUAGUUUUUUUUUUGUUUUGAUUUAGUGCACUGCAAAUAUAAAUACUGAACCUUCGGAUAUUAUUUAUAACGGGA